UAUUAUUUUACCGGACAGAGUAUUUCAUUGCAGCAGACACAUUUAUCCAACCUGAACCGUCCAUGUUUCCAUCGAGGGAGCAGUAAAAAAACCAUUCCCCGGAGCGCUCGAGGCGAAUCGCGAAUUCGACAUUUCGAGUUUCCACGCGCGCCACCUGUUCGACGAAACGCCUGCCUGCGCGGUUUCGAGGUUCCACGCGCGCCACCUGUUCGACGAAACGCCUCUGCGCGCGUGCUCGGCCGCCAUGGAGGGUUCACCUAGCAAGAGCAGGGGGGUCACGGGCCCAGCGCACACUGACGACGGGGACUGGUUCAGCGACGUCCCGGACGACAUCAUUCUCAAUAUCAUGUCCUUCCUGACCACGCGCCAGGCUGUGCAGACGUGUGUGCUGUCGCGGCGGUGGCGCAACCUCUGGCGCUCCGUGCCCUGCAUCAACUCCGACAUAGACGAGUUCACGCGGGACUCCGACUCGGAAGGAUACUAUGAUGAAAAGACGGAAUUGGCGUUCAUUAUGUUCAUGGAGAGGGUGAUGGAGCUCCGUGACCCUGCUGCCUUGAUAAGCACGUUUCAGUUCAGGUGCAAAUUUGAAUUGGAUGAAGGAUUCGAUGAUAUCUCGGACCCUGAAGAUAUCAACGCAUGGAUUAGCCACGCUGUGCAGAAGCAGGCACGGGUUCUGGAUAUUGUUGUGCUGUGUGACAAAUUGUAUCUCGACCACUCCGAGUUUGCUUCCCGCUAUCUCACAAGAAUUGAGUUCACCAGUGUUGUUUUGAUGGAAGGAUUCUUCAAGCAACUCGAGAUGGGCUGUCCAGCAUGGGAAAGUCUCUUCUUAGAUGAAUGCGCCGUUAAUGAUGUUGAGAUCUCCUCCCAAACACUGAAGGUUUUGACCAUCAAGAACACUCUGUUCUCCAGUGACAAGACUACUAUUUCGACCCCGAGUGUUACUUAUCUGAAGUUGUGGAGGCCUGUGGAUAGCUGUGUGUUUAAUGACAUGCCAUUACUAGUGACUUCAUUACUGGUACUUUAUCAUGUGCAAGACUCUGGUGAUUUCUUCCAAAAUCUCAGGAGCCUUUCUGCUGCUAAAAGUUUGGAGUUCAAUUAUAUUGGGAAAGAGCUGACAAUGGAAAACAAUUUGCAAUUGUACCCAAAAUUCAACAAUCUUGUCAGACUGACUCUUGGUCAAUGGUGUCUGGAUGCAAACUUCUAUGGAUUGAUGGUCUUCCUUCAGACUUCACCAAAACUGGAGAAGCUAACUCUAAAGAUUGAAAAGGAAAAAACACAAAGAAUCAUUGGCAAGAUUGAAGAUAGAUCAUUUACAUGUGAGCACCUUACGCGUGUUGAAAUCGUAUGCUCGGAGGAUGAUCCCCUGGUCAAAGAUGUGGUCACCUUCUUUGUUAAUAGUGGACUGACCUCUGCUCAGGUUCAUAUCAUACGCCGGAUGAGUAUUUCAUUCCGGCAGACACAUUUAUCCAACCUGAACCGCCCAUGUUUCCAUCGAGGGAGCAGUGAACCUUUCCCCGGAGCGCGCGAGGCGAAUCGCGAAUUCGACAUUUCGAGUUCCCACGCGCUCCACCUGUUCGACGAAACGCCUGCCCGAGCGGUUUCGAGUUUCUACGCGCGCGACCUGUUCGACGAAACGCCUCUGCGCGCGUGCUCGGCCGCCAUGGAGGGGUCGCCUAGCAAGAGGAGGGGGGUCACGGCCCCAGCGCACACUGACGACGGGGACUGGUUCAGCGACGUCCCGGACGACGUCAUCCUCAACAUCAUGUCUUUCCUGACCACGCGCCAGGCUGUGCAGACGUGCGUGCUGUCGCGGCGGUGGCUCAACCUCUGGCGCUCCGUGCCCUGCAUCAACGCCGACGUCGGCGAGUUCCAGCGGAGCGACACUGAGUGGGAAGAGUAUGAUCAAGAGAGGGAGUCGGCAUUCAAGAUGUUCAUGGAUAGGGUGCUGGAGCUCCGCAACCCGGCCGCCCCGAUACGCACGUUCCGGUUCAGGUGCUGCAGAUUGGACGGAUUCGAAGGCACCUCGGACGAGGCAGAUAUGAACAGAUGGAUUACCCACGCUAUGCAGAAGCAGCCCUGGGUUCUGGAUAUUCUCGUGCUGUAUGACGCAUUGAAGCUCGAUCACUCUGCGUUUACCUGCCGCUACCUCACAAGAAUCAAGUUCAUCAAUGUUCUUAUGAUGCCAGGUUUCUUCCAGCAACUCGAGAUGGGUUGUCCAGUAUUGGAAAAUCUCUUUUUAGAUGAAUCCAUCGUUGCGGAUGUUGAGAUCUCCUCCAGGACACUGAAGGUUUUGACCAUCAAGAGCACUCAGUUCUCCUAUAAGUUCAGGACUACUAUUUCGACCCCGAGUGUUACUUAUCUGAAGUUGUGGAGGCCUGUGAACGGCAUAUAUGUGUUCAACGACAUGCCAUUACUAGUGACUUCAAUUCUAGUACUUUAUGAUGUACAAGACUCUAGUGAUUUCUGCCAAAAUCUCAGGAGCCUUUCUGCUGCUAAAAGAUUGGAGUUCGAUUAUUUUGGGAGGAAGCUGACAAUGGAAAACAAUUUGCAAUUGUACCCAAAAUUCAACAAUCUUGUCAGCCUGACUCUUGGUCAAUGGUGUUUGGAUGCGAACUUCUAUGGAUUGGUUGUCUUCCUUCAGAACGCACCAAAACUGGAGAAGCUAACUCUGGAACUUGAAAAGAAUACGCCGGAAAGAAUCAUUGGCAAGCUUGAAGAUAGAUCAUUUACAUGUGAGCACCUUACCCGCGUCGAAGUUGUAUGCUCGGAGGGUGAUCCCCUGGUCAAAGAUGUGGUCAACUUCUUUGUUAAUAGUGGACUGACCUCUGCUCAGGUUCAGAUCAUACGCUGGUGCUAGAUCGAGUAUGCGUGACCUGCAAUUUUCUGGUCUGAGGAGAUAUGAAACGUCAAAAAGGAUCAAGCAUUCUCUGAACAUUCCAUUCAAAAAUCGCUCUCUUGCAGUUACAUUCGUUGAUUCCAGUUGAGUCAGAAAGCACAUAGACAUGUUUACUGCUUUUGUUUGGUGCUAUGAUGUCAGUAGAAGCAAUCAUGUAUUGGUUCCUGUACUUGCAUCCUUCUGUGAUGUUCUGUUGUACAGAAGAUACUGCAUGUCUGCAUGUACAUGCUUGGGUACUCUAUUUGGCCUUUAUGUUUUACUGACAUGAUGUUACACUCCUAUGA